AUGGCGACCCUUACUACGACUUUGACUGAGUCGAUUGCGACCGUCACUUCGACGAUUGCAACUACCGUCAUCAAAGCUAGUAGUUCUGCCAGCCCUACUUCAACAAAUCGCGCCACUCCUCAAGGUGGGAUUUUGGAGGGAGGCAAUCCUACAGUUUACAGUCCCUCAAAUCCCAUUGUUCUAUUCAUCAUCCAGGCUGGCAUCAUCAUCAUUUUUUGUCGUAUUCUUCAUUACCCGUUGUCCAAACUUCGACAACCUCGAGUUAUCGCAGAAGUAAUAGGUGGAAUCAUUUUAGGCCCUUCAGUCAUGAUGCGCAUUCCUGGUUUUCAAGAAACUAUUUUUCCUGUCGCCUCUAUGCCAGUUUUGAAUAUGGCCGCCAAUCUCGGAUUGAUACUCUUCCUUUUCCUUGUUGGUUUGGAAGUUAAUAUGCGCCUUUUUCUCGGUAACUGGAGAGUAGCCCUGAGUGUAGGAUUGGCCGGAAUGAUUUUGCCAUUUGGCUUGGGUUGCGCCGUUGCUUGGGGUCUUUAUAAUGAAUUCCGUCAUGACGCGGGGACUGUACCUAUAUCAUUCCCUGUCUACAUGCUAUUCGUUGGGACAGCGCUUGCUAUUACUGCUUUUCCUGUUCUCUGCAGAAUUCUUACAGAAUUGAAACUUCUCGCUACACCUGUUGGAGUUACAGUUCUCGCUGCUGGGGUCGGAAACGAUGUGACAGGCUGGAUCCUUUUAGCCCUUUGCGUUGCACUGGUCAAUAACGGAUCGGGACUAGCAGCACUAUGGGUGUUGCUUGUUUGUGUUGGAUGGUGUCUUUUCUUGGUAUUUGCUGUUCGUCCAGUUUUUAGAUAUAUUCUUCGACGUAACGGAAGUCUCGAAAACGGCCCCUCUCAGGGAAUGGUUGCUCUCACAAUAUUGCUUGUUUUGACAUCCUCUUGGUUUACUGCUGUCAUUGGAGUUCACGCUAUCUUCGGAGCUUUUCUCGCUGGACUCAUAUGUCCUCAUGAAGGUGGUUUUGCCAUUCAUAUCACGGAAAAGAUUGAAGAUCUUGUCGCAGUAUUACUUCUCCCACUUUAUUUCGCAUUGUCUGGUUUGAGCACCAAUCUCGGCCUACUCAACGAUGGUAUUACAUGGGGUUAUGUCAUUGCGAUUAUUGUAGUCGCAUUUUCUGGCAAAAUCAUUGGGGGCACGCUUGCUGCUAGGGCUUGUAGGCUUGUUUGGCGCGAAAGUCUCAGUAUUGGUGUUUUGAUGAGUUGUAAAGGUCUUGUAGAACUGAUUGUUCUUAACAUCGGUUUACAAGCAAAGAUUUUGUCCACGAGGACUUUCACCAUAUUUGUCGUGAUGGCACUUGUCACAACCGUUGCCACAACGCCAUUGACAACCGCAUUAUAUCCUCCUUGGUAUCAGAAGAAACUUGAUGCCUGGAAAAAAGGAGAGAUAGACUGGGAUGGAAAUAGACUUCAUCCCGAGGGUGAGGAAUAUACCCCUGACCGCUCAUUGGAAAAGUUGGAAUCUACUCAAAUUCGACGACUCCUCGUCUAUCUCAGACUUGAUAGUCUUCCUAGCUUGUUCACCUUCAUCGCACUUUUAGGUGGGGAUAAUACUAGUACGAUUACCAAAGUCCAUAGGUCGAAAGCCGAGUUAGAAACAGUGGAUGAGAAUGGACCGCCUUCGUCAUCGAAUGAUUCCAAGAAACAACCACUUGAGGUUCAUGGUGUCCGCAUGCUAGAGCUUACUGAUCGUACAUCUUCAGUCAUGGCCGAAGUGGAUGAAUACACCUAUCGUGAUCCCGUCGUCAACGCUUUCCGUACCUUUGCUCAAUUGAAUAACGUCGCUGUCUCAGGGGGAGUUUCCGUUGUUCCCGAAUCGGAUUACGCUGAAGCUUUGACCACACAAGCAUCAGAUCACUUUUCCGACCUAGUUCUCAUCCCUUGGACUGAACCUAGUAUUCUACCGGUUAAUGAAGCCCAUCAUGAUUCAUUCUCUAGCGGACUUCAGGAUAUUUUUAUCCAAAAGACGCUGGAGAUAGCGACUUGCAACAUUGCCAUUUUCAUCAAUCGCGGCUUUGGUGGACCGACUUUAAGAGAGCCCCGCAAUCUCUCGGCAAGUGCUAGUCGACUCAGUCUUCGCAGUAGUAGCCGUGCAGAAAGAAUUGCUCCCAUCGCGGAUCGUAGUCAUCAUGUUUACUUUCCAUUUUUUGGUGGUGCUGAUGACCGUGUCGCUCUCCGUUUUGUUCUCCAACUUGCGCAAAACAGUAAUAUCACAGCCACCAUUAUUCAUUUUAUCACUCCUAUUCAUAAUCCAAAGACUCCUGAAGUCAAGCAUAGCUCGCGCCCAGUUACUGCUUCCGGUUCUCAACAUGGUGGUAGUUCUGGCUCUGGGUUACGUAUUACCGAGCGCGUGGACACUGAGGAUCUUUACAAUGCUGCUGCCUCUGAUACCUCCCUUUUACACACAUUACGAGACUCCUUACCUCAAGCACUGGUUAACAGAGUUGUCUUCGUUGAUGUCAAGACUACAACACCAUUAACCGAUUGUCUACAUCACGCAAAGGUGGAGAUGGGUCAAAGUCCUAGAAAUGCAGGAGACUUGAUCGUUACAGGUAGAGGUAAAACUUCCAUGAUCAAAGCGUUGAUUCAGGAAGAAAGUGCCAGUGGAGAGAGCGGAAAGGAAAUGAGGAAAACCAUAGGAGUUGUGGCGGAAUCAUUGAUUAAUAGUGGAGUUAAAGGGAGUGUUUUGGUUGUUCAAGCUGGAGGUUCUGGUUUGGAAAGUUGA